GACAUCUUAAACGACAAAGCGGGCGAGUCGAAAAGCCAAGAACGAAUAAAAUACAGGUUUUCACACCGAGUUAUCAAUUCUUGAAACCUGUUACUCAAAACGGUGGUGUCUGCACCUUCAGUUGACUCUUUCAAGAGAAGACAAGGCACUUACAGAAGCAUACUAGAAAAAGGAUAACAUAGGCAAUAGGCCUGUCCUUACUACACAAAUCUGAAUUUGAGAUAGUCAAUUGAACUAUUCAACCAGGUGUCAAUUUGCGCUCUGUCUGACACUGUUGGCAACUGUAAAUGGAGAAUCCUUUUGCAGAUCCAGUGGCGAAGUUGACACCGACACAGUCUCAUGAUAACCCUCAGAUUUCUCGUGUUGAUACGGGUGCACUAGAUAAGUACAAUCCUUUCGAGGCUACUGGGGAUAAUAAACAUGGUAAUCAUACCAUUAAUUCUGUACCACCACCUCAAUAUUCUGCUACUCAAGCUCAGAAAAUUACAACCGCAGAGCUUGAACGUCGUCAGAAGGAGCUGGAUGCAAAGGCUGCGGAACUAGCACGAAGAGAAGAGGAACAACGAAUAAGAGAGGAACAAAAUAGACCAGUAUCCCAAGGAGGUGUUACAGCUAAGAACUGGCCUCCACUACCAUCCUUCUUUCCUUGUACUCCUUGCUUUUAUCAAAACAUUGAAACAGAAAUUAUACCUCAAUACAAAAGAGUGGUCAAAUUUGGAUAUUACUUAUGGCUGUCGUAUGCUUGUUUGUUGUUAGUGAACUUGUUCACAGCAAUGGUAUAUUUUGCCGGUACUUCUAACUAUUAUGGAGGAAGUCUGUUCGGUGUUGCUAUUCUCGUGUUCAUAAUUUGCGUACCGUCAUCGUACGUGUGUUGGUUCAGACCACUAUACAAAGCCUUUAGAAGCAACAGCUCAAUCAAUUUCUUCAUAUUUUUCAUUGUUUUUGGUGUCCAAAUUUUGGUUAUGAUCAUACAGUCAAUCGGUAUCAUAAAUUGGGGAUCCUGUGGAUGGAUCACUGGUUUGGCAGUGGUCAGAUCUAGCCCGGUAAUUGGAGUUAUGUCAUUGCUGGUAGCAUCCAUAUUCACAGCCGUCACGGCAAUAUCGGUUUGGUAUUUUAUACAUGUACAUCGCAUCUAUCGCAGUACGGGUGCUAGUUUUGGGAAGGCUAAAGAAGAAUUCGCUAGUGGUGUAGUGUCAGAUCCGUUAAUAAGAAACAGUGCACUGGAAGCCGGAUUGUUUGCAACACGUCAGGCUACUUCAAGUAGUCCAUCAGCUAACAGAUCCUAAAUAAUACAUUACUUUAAUUCCCUAGUGAAAUUAUGUUUAAUUCCCGAUUGUUUUCUCUCAUAAUACUUUCCACAGCGUCAUUGCCCUAACUUAUUCUCUUGUAUUUUUACUGUGACGAUUUGUUGAUUGGUGUUGUGUUUAUAGUAUUCAUGUUUUUCUAGACCUGAAACUACAUAUUCAAAAACACUCAUUAUCUUCAAAUUGCAGAAUGCUCUAUGAUAAACAAUUCUUCACCAGUUCAUGUCAUCCAGUAAAAGUUGUCUUGACUUCUGAUCAUAUUUUUGAUUUAUUCCAACUUUUUCAUUCAAUAUUCUUGUGAUAUGACGCUUGCGAUUCCCACAACACUUUUAGGGACUUACGAUCCUUUUACAAUUUAUACUGGUUAGUCGUUUAUUUUUGAUUGCGGAAAAAGACUAGUAGUCGCAAGUAAACUAGCCUUAAAUGAGAAAAAUUUUGUAAGCGAGUAUUAAAAUGUAGUGAACGUAAUUAAUCAUCAUUUUGUUUUGAAACAGUCGUAAAAUAAUAUCAGUAUUAAGAUUUUGUAGCCAACGGUUACGGUUCAAAGAAUAUUAGGGUGAAUUUCUGUCGUUGGUCUUAAUGAUCGUAGGUGGGGUUUUUUCUGUGUGGGAAGAAGUGUUGUUUCCGAGGAAACCACUUCAGGGCAGAAAACUCGACGUAAUAUCAUGAAUAAUGACUCAGUGUCAAUGUAAUAGUGUUUUCUUAGCAAGUUUGUUUUUUAUGGAAUGUGGUUGCUGACCCUAUGCCCAACCCUCUAACUGGGUUCGGGACCGACUGUCACCCUAGAAGUAGAGCUUAUUGAUUGAUGAUGAGAGUUGCAUCUCUUGAAACGUAUGAUCACAAAACUGAUACUACUUACAGUGCCCUUCUAAAAUAUCGAAUGAAGGAAAAUGUUCCCAUAGAUAUUUAAAACCAUCAGUCCGCUUGAUAGAUUUGGAUAACAGCAAAUUAGAGCUCUUACAUCCCCAUUUGUCUAGUGUGACUCCCGUAUUAAUAUCUUAAUGUGCGAUCAGAUUGUUCAAACUGUUUUAGGCCAAUAUAUCAUAUAAUUUUGAUAAACUUUGUCUUUUUAAUUCAUUACCUAAACACAGACGUAAGUACAUGAUAUAAUAGACAAUUUAAAAUCGCAUAUUUUGUGCCUCAUUGAUGUGCUUUUCUAUCCUACGGUUAUAAAACACUUGGUAAUUUUAAGAGUGGAUGUCACCUAGGCUUCUUUCCUCCAGUUUGGUCUUCAAUAAUAAAUCCUUUUUAGACGCAAUCUUCCCUUAAACGAGAUUUGACAACACUUAAAUGACAUCUCAAAAUUUGAAAAAUUUCGUGUGUAUCGUAUUCGAAAAUUCUGAUUAUGUUUCGUUCAGAAGUUAAACAGUCUUAGAUCGUAAAAAUCUUUCAAAACAAUUCGCUAAAUUUUGCUGGUCAAUAAUGUUACUUAUUCUACCGCAAAUAGUAUGUAACGGAUAAUUAUCAGUCAGUUCGUGUGAAUUGGUUAGAUAUUUGGUCGAAGCCUUCAGAAGUGUGUUGUGAAAAAUUCUCAGGGCAUCAUUUGACCAAGUACGUAUUGUUUAAAGUAUGUUUGCCGAUUGGCUAUUUUUUGUAGACCAGUCAUUCAUGUACAAAAUAGAGCCUGAAGCAUGUAUACAUCGGUCCAAAUUGUCAGGACGACCAGAUAGAAUUUUCAAGACCAAUCAUUAUUGCAAUGGACGUGGUAACAGUGCUGAUGUUAAAUCACUCUUUCUUGGUGACAAAGAAUCUUCUAAUUUCAGAGUUUCCAUACCACGAUUAGUAUAAAUAGCUGCAUUACGUGUUUGAAAUAAGACCCUAAAAUUUUGAACGAUGACAUAACAUAUUCUACAUAAAUUCGCUUCACGAAUAGUGUAUGAGAUAAUCAGCUAGUGCAAUAGCGACAAAAAAUUUAGUUUAGUUCGUAAGGGAGGUAAUAAUGUAAGUUUAGACUAGUGACUAACUUCGAUAAAAGGAAGCAUCAUAUUGCGAUCCAUUAGUAUUCUCUAAAAGAAAUUUCCUAAAGAUCUAUGGGAGUAUUGAUUGAAAGAGCAGAUAGUUAGGAAACUAUGCUAAUAUAUAACGUUGUAAGCAAAUGUGAACACGGUGACUUCCUACCACUUGGACUCCGUUAAUCAAAUAGGUAGCAGUUAGGCCUAUGUUUUGAGUGAUGGAAAAUUAAAUAUUCCUACGUGAAGCACAAAAUACUGGAGCUAAAUUUAAAUGUCCAUGAAAUACAUAUUCUGACGAAUACUUUUGAAUAAAAAAUUUUUGGAUUCACGCGCCUAAAUGUAUUUGGGAAGAGAUGUUAGAUUGCAGACAGUUGUUUCAAG